AUGAAUCCAAAUUUCGUCUUAAAUCUUGAUGAUUCUCAAUAUUAUCAAAACUUUCAAAGUUAUGAAACCUCACAGUUUUUUGCAAAUCCCAAUCAAUUUCCCAUCACUGAAAAUGUUCAAACCUCACAAAAUACUGGAAAACAUCCAAGAGAUGAUAAAUGGAAUGCUGAUGAAGAUAUCUCUUUAAUGUUAGCAUAUUAUAUCGUUAACCAAAAGAAAACAUCAAUAUGGGCACAAAUGAAGGAGCUAUAUGAUGCAAAUCAGACGAAAAGCCCAGGAAAGAUUGGUAACAGGAACAUAGCUCAAAUGAAAGUGGGUGAUGAAGAAAGUGGUGGUAGCACAAAAAGAUCAAGGUCUACUGAAGAAGGGGAGUAUUGUGUCCAAUCCAACACAAAAGGGGCAAAUAUUACUCGUUCAACAACUAAAUGUCUAACGGGUAGAGAUGCUGCUAAAAGAAAAGAAAAAAGUAAGUCUUCUAAUGAAGUUGUUGCAGAACUUCGUGCAAUGAGGCUUAGUAGAGAUAGUGAAGUAGAAGUCAUGAAAAAAAGACUCGACUUGGAUCAACAAAGGGAGCAAAAACAGAUUAAAUGGAGCUAA